UUCUUUUUCCCACCUACCUUGUACUUUGAUUUUGUUGUUUUGUUCCAUGUUUGGAGGGAUUCGAAAUUGGACUUUAGAUUCUACAUAAAUGAUAAAGUAUUGUUAAUUUUUUUUGUUAUCAGGUAAAAGUUUUUCAGUUAGUAACCAACACUCCAAUACUUGUGAAAAUUAAUUGGAACCAUGGCUGCUUCAUUAGUAAAAGGAUCUUUCAUUGUUGGUGCCAAAAGAACAGUUUUUGGAACUUAUGGAGGAAAACUGAAAAACGUCUCAAUCACUGAACUACAAACCAUUGCAGCCAAGGCUGCACUAGCUUCAGCCAAUGUAAAACCUGAAAAUGUUGAUACAGUGGUUGUGGGUAUUGUUGGAGCUAAUUCUUCGGCAGACGGCAUAUUCACAUCACGUCACGUAUCGCUUAAAUGCGGCAUCCCAAUCGAGAAACCAGCUCUUGCCGUCAACCGCUUAUGUGGCUCCGGUUUCCAAUCCAUAAUCAACGGAGUCCAGGACCUGCAAACUGGCUUCGCGCAAAUCUCCCUAACAGGAGGCGUGGAAAAUAUGUCGUCUUACCCGCAUGCAGUCAGAGGCUUGCGUUGGGGCCUACCCUUGGGCUCCAGCCCCGUGUUUGAAGACUCUCUAUGGGCGGGCCUAACGGACACUUAUUGUAAUUUGCCCAUGGGGCUUACCGCAGAAAAAUUGGGAGCCCAAUUCAAACUAACCAGAGAAGAAGUGGAUGAGUAUGCUUUGAGGAGUCAGCGGUUGUGGAAAGAGGCUCAAGAUGCUGGCAGGUUUAAGGAGGAAUUGGUACCGGUGCCUGUAAAAGUGAAGAGAGAUAUGGUUGAUUUGAUGGUUGAUGAACAUCCCAAGCCUCAAACCACUUUGGAGACUUUGAGGAAAUUGCCUACUGUGUUUAAAAAAGAUGGAUUGGUUACUGCUGGCACAGCAUCAGGAAUCUGUGAUGGUGCUGGUGCAGUCGUUUUAGCAAGCGAACAAGCCUUAAAAGACCACAACCUCAAACCCUUAGCUAGAGUAGUGGCUUACUCGGUCGUUGGUGUAGAACCUUCAAUAAUGGGCAUCGGUCCAGCUCCCGCUAUCCGUGCCAUACUCAAAGCCACAGGAAAAUCCCUGAAUGAUAUCGACUUGGUCGAAAUCAACGAGGCAUUUGGAGCUCAAACUUUAUCUUGCGCCAAAGAUUUAGGCUUGGACAUCAAUAAGCUUAACGUUGACGGUGGAGCUAUAGCUUUAGGGCAUCCGUUAGCUGCUUCUGGUAGCAGGAUAACUGCUCAUCUUGUGCACGAAUUGAGACGCAGGAAAGCUAAAUUUGGUAUUGGUUCAGCUUGUAUUGGAGGCGGACAAGGAAUUGCUAUUUUAAACACUCAAUCUGAUGGCGCUCUAGUGGCACGACACGCAGCUCUACAUACUGGAAUCCCAAUUACGGCACCUGCUUAUUCUGUUAACCGAUUAUGUGGCUCUGGAUUCCAGUCUAUUGUCAAUGGAGUUCAAGAUGUUGAAAGUGGCUUUGCUCAAAUCAGCUUGACCGGAGGUGUAGAGAACAUGUCAGCUUAUCCUCAUGUAGUCAGAGGCUUACGCUGGGGCUUACCUUUAGGUUCUAGCCCAGUCAUGGAAGAUUCUUUAUGGCUAGGCUUGACAGACACUUAUUGUAACUUGCCUAUGGGCAUGACAGCUGAAAAACUAGGAGCCCAAUUCAAUAUUACCAGAGACGAAGUGGACCAAUUUGCAUUGAGGUCUCAAAGGCUUUGGAAAGAAGCUCAAGAUGCCGGAAGGUUUAUUGAGGAAUUGGUGCCAGUGCCUGUGAAGGUUAAGAGGGAGAUUGUUAAUUUGAGUGUCGAUGAACAUCCUAAACCACAAACUACUAUUGAGGGGUUGAACAAGUUGCCUACUGUGUUUAAAAAGGACGGUUUGGUUACUGCUGGAUCAGCAUCGGGUAUUUGUGAUGGUGCCGGAGCAGUGAUUGUGGCAAGCGAACAAGCCGUAAAAGACCACAAUCUGAAGCCUCUAGCUAGAGUAGUAGCUUUCUCGGUUGUCGGUGUGGAACCUUCAAUAAUGGGCAUCGGUCCGGCUCCAGCUAUUCGUGCCAUUUUAAAGGCCACUGGAAAGUCUCUAAACGAUAUUGACUUAGUUGAAAUUAACGAAGCUUUUGGAGCUCAAACUCUAGCUUGUGCCAAGGAUUUAGGUUUGGAUUUGAACAAAUUGAAUGUGGACGGUGGAGCUAUUGCUCUAGGACAUCCGUUGGCGGCUUCGGGAAGCAGGAUAACAACUCACCUUGUGCACGAAUUGAGGAGAAGGAAAGCCAAAUUUGGAAUUGGUUCGGCUUGUAUCGGUGGUGGACAAGGAAUUGCGAUUAUGGUUGAGGCUUUAUAAGGUCAAGUGCUAACUUUUUAUAUAUAUUAAGUCAAAAAAAAUCCAUAUUUUUAUUUACUUUUUACAACUUUUAUUAAACUAUUUCAAUUUUAA